GUAAGGCGGUACUGCUGUUUUGCUGUCGAGUCACCUCUGUCAGGAUGGAGGAAAACGAGCUGCUAUCAUGCUGAACAACGACGGAUACCGACAACCGAGCAUCAUAAACCCGGAUUUUUUUAGUUAGUCACAAGUUAUUGUUGGUUUAGACUGGUGUAACGUUUCUGUACCACUUCGCCAAAAUGAUGGAAGAAAUCGACCGGUUUCAAGUACCUCCAGUGAACGGAGAGACGCAGCCUUUGGACCCAGCAGCAUCCUCCACCUCAGAGGCCGACCCUGACGGCAAGGGAGAGACUGUGGCCAUGAACUACAAGCCCUCACCACUGCAAGUCCAAAUAGAGAAACAGAGAGACCUCGCCAGGAAGGGUUCAGUGAAGAACGGCACUGUGGGAAGUCCUGUCAAUCAACAACCCAAGAAGAAUGCCAGGACAAGGUUGGUGGUGCCAAACAAAGGAUACUCCUCUUUAGACCAGAGCCCAGAUGAGAAGCCCCUGGUAGCGCUGGACACAGACAGCGAUGAUGACUUCGACAUGUCCAGAUACUCCUCAUCAGGAUACUCCUCAGCCGAGGUGAGAUGUCUGAGGGACCAGCAGAUCAACCAGGACCUGAACAUCCAGCUCCUGAAGGACGGGUACCGCCUGGACGAGAUCCCGGAUGAUGAGGACUUGGAUCUGAUCCCCCCCAAAGCAGUCAACCCAACCUGCAUGUGCUGCCAGGCUGCUCCCUCCACAGCCUGUCAAAUCCAGUAGCACCAUUUCCGACCCCUUCAAAAUAAAUCUCCUUCCUGCCAACUGCACCGAGGCCAACCACUGACCAGAGUUGCAGCACAGAGGAAAAACUAUCGUCUGGCUAUGGCACAGAGGGAAAACAAGGAUAUAGAAGCUAAAAUAUUAAAUGGUAAAUAGAUAAAGAGUUAAUAUGUACAGUACCUGUGCACGUUCCUCCUAUGGUUGGAUGUGUGCAUCGUUCUUCUGCAUGGUUGGAUCAAAAAGGACUCGACUGAUGGCAGAAACAUUACCUCGAUGGGAAACAUGUUACUUUUGCUCCUCUUGUUUUGGACUUCCAUCUAAUGCUUGUAGAUAUUUGGUUUACACAGACCUUUUUGAGGAUUGUGAGACGUUAUGAGAGAACAAAAACAAAAUGGGACGACAGAAAAAAAUGACAACAACAUGACAUUACUGUGACAUCGCAUGGUCCAUGGAAAUCUACUGAUGCUCCCAUGAGAUGGACAAGAAGGGAUGGGAAGUUUUGUAGUGGCCAUUUUUCUUUCUCUUUUCUUUCAGCCAGUCUGCUUCGUCCUUCUGUGUAAAUGUGUCAAAUUUGAAAAUAAUCUGUGUGUGUGUGUGUGUCUAAAUAUGUCCAGGAAAGUUAGUGCUCAAAUAUCAAGCUGCUGUUAAAACACUAAUGCUUAGACUAAGACAUCAUUCCAGAGGUUUUUGUUUUUUGUUUUUGUCUGUUACACAAAGGUUGUUCUGCUUAAUUGUUUUAAAUUCAGUUAAAAAGGAACUGAAACAAAACUAGUUUUGCAUGUUGCCUGUCCUAAUGAAUAGCCUGUGCAGAUAAUUACUGCUUUUGAUUUAGACCUGUACACAUUCUGUGCCGAUGAAACAUAAUGAGGCGUCCUUUAAAAAACAGUCUAAGUUACAUUUUAGUUCACCACUGUAAAACCAGUAGAGCUAGAGAAACAGUUAUUAGAACUGAUUACAGCUCAUGAGUUAGUGUGAACGUCUUUUGUUCCUGUCCAUGUUAACCCCGACAUGAGUGGAUGUUUGAGAAGGUCAGAAUGGCAGUCAUCACCGGAAAUAAUAACAUUAUUUAUAUUCUUCAGGGAGUAGCUGAAGUCAUUGUAGAAAACAUGGGCAACUACAUUAAAGGUCACAUAUUAUGUGAAAUAUACUGGCAUCAUCGUCUACGAACCCCCCAAUUAUGAGAAAAGUUCAUCCUCCAUCUUUUGCCUUCUCCACUUUUAAGUAAAUGUGUGCUCAAAUAGUCCGUUUGGAGACAUCAUGACAUCACAAAGGGCAGUAUCUCCUCCCCUAGGUGGGUGAGACUGCCACAGCUAGGUGUUUGUUCCUGCUCUCUGAGUCUGCCUUCUCCCUGUAAACAAUUCGGCAUGGAGCGAGAAAGCCGA